AUGGAUACAAGUACUACACAUAACUAACCUUAAAUUGAAACAUUUGAAUCCAAAUUGAUUACCAUACAAGGUACAUCUUCUCUUCCAAAUGAACACGUCUAUCGUUUUAGAAAAUCAUUCCAUCCAUAAAACACUGCUAACCAGUUUAAUUUAAAUAAAACCCUUAAUUCCUCAGUCAACAGCCUUAAUCACUUUUGUCACUUGUGCAAUAAAAAUACAUCAACACAAAUACUCAAAUUCUGUGCCUGUUAGGAUAGAUAAUAUCAUUUAUUAUGUCUAAUCACUCGUAUAACUUUAGAAUACAAAUAAGGUAAUGGCAUCAUGCAAUGUCCUUAUUGCAGUUUAUAUUAUCCAACUGUGAUUGAAACCAACUUCUCUUAUAAUAACUUAACUAGAUAACAAAAAUUCUCAUAUUUCCUAGCCUUUUUAUUGUUGUAAUUUUUAAUCGUCGUUGAAGUGGCCCUUAUGAUAGCAAUAUAGCUCGAUCUUCCUUUUUUUAUCUUGUUAGCUAACCUUAUAUUAAUAGAGUUGCUUUUGCUUCUUAUGUUAAUAAGAAGAGCAAUACUAGUCGCUCGCGUUGUAAGAUUUUCACUUGAAGAAUACAAAAUUUGUGAUUAAAUUAUCUAAUCUGCAUAUGCAAAAAACUCGUUUAAAAUAAUCUCAGCCUUAAAAAAUGAUAAAGCCAAGCAAUUGUUUAAUGAAUGA